GUCAACACUUGCUUGAACAAAGCCAAGCAGAAGCCAUGGGACCAUCACGCGGCUUUCUUCUGUCCCUUUUUCUUUCUGCGAUGGCAGAUUUGGACUAUGUAAGUUACGACUAUGCCCUCUUGGAGGAUGACGAAGUCAGUCCUCAGGUCAUUGGCAUCGUUCCCGGGAAUCUGUCAGUAGAUGUAGCUUUGGACGUGACCAUUCACAUCUACUUCUCUGAACUCAUCCUCGCCGGGACCGGCGACAUUGAACUGACCUCUGACAGGGACAUCCGCUUGCUGACCUUUGCGGAGGAGGUGGUUUUGGUGACGCAGGGUGAACAGGGCAAUCGCUCGAUCCAGGUGAAGCCCGACAGACCUCUGCGUCCGGCGCUGGCGUACCGCGUCAGACUGCGAAGAGGUGUGGUCCACGAUUUGGUGGGCAACCAGCUGGAGGAGGUCGAGCUGAGCUUUCGCACUGCAGGAGUCGCGGAAUCCUUCGCGGUGUUUGCACCAUACGUGCAGACGCCCGGCGCCCCCUUGUUGGUGGCUUUUCGUACGCACGAGCACGGCCUCUACGGCUCACUUUCGGAGCUGUACCGGCUGGAGCUUUGGGCCAGCGGAGAGCCUUCCUUGUUCGAGCUCACGGCGAGCUUUCCGGAGUGCAGCAACGUCCUGGAGCUCUCGGAGUCCUUUCCGGCGCUUGAGAGCUGCUCCUCCGGAGAGACCUUCGCCAUGCAGCUGCGGUCCCCGCUGUUCUCGGACCAGGAGUACUCCUUGGUUCUGUACUGGCCGGUUGGAUUCGCUGCAGUGAAUGCCACAUGGAGCUUGUUGACGGCGAGAACAUACGGAGACUCCUGGCUGGAGGUUGAGCGAUUUGAGCCUUGGGUGCAUCACUUCCAGGAUUACCUUGUGGAGGGCAGCGAUGCUUCACUCACCUCUUUGCAAGUCGCUUCUUUGAACGGCAUCACGGAUGCCGCGGGCCUUGACAGCCUGCAGGAAUUCGAGUUCACCAUUCAGUUUGGGGCUGGAAUUCCUGGAGGGUCCCGGUUGCGCUUGUUUGGCUUUCCACUGCUGGGCUGGAGCAGCGACGUGUCGCGGCCCUCAAAUGUCAGCAUGCUGGAGGCUUUGGUCCAAAUGGAUGCCUUCGCGUUGUCAGGCCCAUGGCGCCGGGUUCGAGCUUGCACCGGCUUCUUUCCAGGGGAUUUGCCGGGGGAGACGGCAUGCAAGCUGCUGGCCUUUGGCGGGGGCCCGGCCUUUGGCGUGGAGUUGCGCACGCCCAGCCGCUCUGCAACUCUCCUGCCCGACCGGCCACAUAAAUUCACCAUGACUGUGGCAGGCAUCAAGCAACCUUUGGCUGCAGCUGUGCACUGGGAGGCCAUCCUUUCGCAGACCGUGGCAGGCGUCCUGUCGCACAGCCCUUUGGUACGGAGCAACGCGGUGAUGCUCUCCAACACCACGGCCAUGACCCUGGACGUGCUGAACAGCAGCUACACUUAUCCGGCACCCAUGGGCUCCAUCAUCAAUCGGGUGGAGCUGGCCAUUCAGUUGAAGGUCCUUGCGGCAGGCGCCCGUGUGGUGCUGGAGCUGGUGGAGCCGCGCUCCGCGCGCAUCGAGACCUGCGAGCCGGUGCCGGGCUUCGCGCGGCUGGGCAGCCGCGGCGUGCCGGAGAUGACGAUGGUCUCGGCUGCGGCAGCGGCGGUGUGGCGCAUGGGGAACGGACUGCCGGCGAUGUAUCCCCACGUGACCUACCGCGCGAGUUGUCUGGUCUACAACGGGCCGCAGACGGCGGCCUUCAGCUCGUGGCGUCUGUCCGUGGAGGUGGAGGUGGGCUCCGAAACCAUCAGCUUCCAGCGCCUGCUGCGCGCGGACAGGUACUUCGUGAUCCCGGUGCUGGCCGGAGGGCAGGUGCUGCCCGGGCACCCCGUGCUGGGCAGAUGGCAAGUCAUCUACGUCCGCAUCGUGACGCCCGCGAGGGACGGGUUCUCCUUGCUCCACUGGACGCAGCCCUCUCACACGCUGCAGGUGAGUGCCCCGGCCGCGGGUUUCUUUGUGCCGGGCGCCUGCCCGGGGUUUCGGCCGCUGCGAGGGUCGCUGCCGCCUCUGCCGCUGAGCUCCUGCCAGCGGGUGGGCGAGACGAUGCUGGAGAUUCGCAUUGACGCUCAGGAGCCGGGCUUUGAGCCGGGCCAGACCUAUGCCUUCCAGAGCUCCGUGCAGAACCCUUCCACUUUGGGCGAGGCGGUGGACAACGGCUGGUCCUUCUUGUUGCUGGACGACCAGGACCUACCCAUUGCGUCCAUGGAGAACGUGCCCUCGGUGCUGAGCGCGGUCACCGCCGCGCUGCGCCCCAACGACCCCGCGGAGCUCCACGAUACCUCCUUUCGGCUCUUCAAGAAGCAGCUCUCAGUGCUGGCCAUCACGGCCGAGGAUCCCAUCGCCGGGCGGGCGACCAAAGUGCAGCUGGAGUUUGUGCUCACCACCCCUUUGCGCACCGGCGACGCUUUGAUCGUCACGGCUCCCUCCCUCUUUCGCUGGGUCCAGCCGGCGGAGCUCCACUUCCCGGGCACCGCCGCGACGUUCCCGGCGCUGGAGCCCGACGUGAACUCGGCGGCGCCCUGGAUGCUGGUGGCCGGGGUGUUGGGAGACGCCCUGGCGGCGACCGCCUACGUCUUGGGGGCCACAGUGCUGAACCCCGGCUUCGAGUCCUGGGACGCGGUGGAGGCCGAGCUCAACUACUGGCAGCUGGAGACAAUCCACCGGCACACCUCCUUUUGGAGCCUGGAGAGUCGCAGAGACACCGGCAUGCGGAAGGGCUAUGCGGUGGUGGGGCCUUUGCAGCACUGCGUGGCAGUCCCAUCAAGUCAGCUCUUGAACGUGGAAAGUUGGGUGUCGCUGACAUUUCAAGCCUCUGAGCCGGUAGGCGUGCAAUCCUGGCGCCAGCCUGAACUGCCGUCCACUCUCAGGAUCUCACUGCCCAAUGGCUUCCUAUUGCCAGAGGGGCAAGGCUGCUCAGGGCUCAUUGAUCGUGCAGAUCCUCAGUACCCACAACUGCCGCUGCUGAAGUUCCCUUUUGCAUAUUUGCCCCUGCCACUCGAAGAGGCCACCUGCAGUGCCACUUUGGAGACGCUGCAGAUCGGUCUGCAGCGCUUGCUGCCGCACUAUGUCUACACCUUCCGCCUUCGCGUGGUGUCGCCGCGGCAGGACCAGAUGCGCGGCCGGAUCUGGGCGCUGGCCACUUUGACUGUGGAGGGCAGCGUCAGGGAAAGCUGCACCAUGGAAGCCUGGCCAUCCGCCAACUCGCUGGAAGGACUUUCCCUGCAACCGACUCUUGCCAUGCCCACGCUCCCCGUGUCCCUUGUGCUGCAAGGCCUUGCCUUGCCCAACGUCAGCUUGAUCGAAGUCCAGGCCGCCGGCGUCCGGUUCUUCCACAACUGCGCAGCGCCAGGGUUGCCGGGCCAGUGUGUGGGCGACAAAACCCGGGCGCGCGUGUCAGCUUCCUCUGCUUUGAGCCUUUUGGAACUGCGGGGCCGCAUGGAAAGCACGCAGUCCGAGCCCUGGUCCGUGCUCUUGGUGGCUGGCAGCUCCGUGUGGGAGGCCUCUGUUGGCCCUGGCCCUGGGCUUUUGGCACUCCCGUGGGUGCGGCUGCAGCCCCAGGGCUCCGGGUUGUUCCGCGCGGAGAACGUGGUGCAGGGCGCGCUGCUCGCCAUGCGCACUGACAGGCCGGUGCCGGCGGGGGGCUUUCUGCAGCUGGCGAUGCCUGGCCAGACCGCCUUCGUCUUCGCUGAGAAGCCGUGCAAGGCCGCCCUGCAGGAGCAGUUCCUUCCCUUGGCAGUGGUGGAUGGUCAGGCCAGUGGGGCGGUUGCGAGCUGCAACACCAGCGAAAGCUGCGUGCAUCCCAGGCUUUUCAGUUGCGAGAGGAAGCAUUCCUCUUCCACUCUGCUGGUGCGAGUGGCUGAGGCCCUUACCCCGCAGACACUGUAUUGCUUCGACUUCAUGGUCUUGGCCCCAGAGGGCCGCACAGUGCCUGACUUCCCACUGGUCUUGCUGACGCAGGACGAAGCCGGGGCGCUUCUGGAGGUCUCCCCACUGCUUGGGCCGAGCGGGGGGCAGGGAAUGGCGCCCGUGGUGCAAAGCGCGGCGCACCUCUCCUUGUGCUCGCCUUCUCGUCUGUCGAGCGACGAGCCGCGGCAGCUGGUGCUGCACUUCGCGCUCAACUCGCUGCUCUCGUCGUCCCUCUCGCGGCUCGUGGCCCGGUUCUGCUUCUCGGGGCUCCAGCUGAGCUUCGGGCCCGGAGGAGCUCUGAGCUGCGAGGCUUUGGAGCCGAGUGCCGAGAUUUCCUGCACGGCAGUGCAGGGCUGUGGCUCCUGUGUGGCCGUGGAGGGAACGGAUCUCUUGGUCCCCUUUCAGAAGGUGGCCAUUUCUCUGCCGGCGCUGGUGCCGGCUGGGUCGCUUCUGGGCGUCAACAUGGAGCUCGUGGGGAUACUGAGCACGGAGAGCGUGCUGCAGGGAGCGAUCUUCACCUCGCCGCUGCCCAUGCUGCCGCUCUUGCCUGUUGCGCUCAUUGCACCGGAGGCACCCACACUGGAUGGCUUCCAGGUCGAGAUCCAGCUUGAGAGGCUCAACAAUACUGAGCUGUUGGAUGUGUCUCUCCCUGUGGGCCUCUCUGUGGACACUUUGACCUGCAGCCCGCGCUGCGUCUCGGUGCCGCCCAGUUUGUCGUCCCCGGAGCCGGUGCUGCGCUUCUUUCUUGGCGAGGAGACGUCGACUUCGACUUUGUCCAUGGAGCUCUACGCCAGCGCGCCGCUGGGGGAGAACGAGAGCUGGCAGUUCGUGAGCCGCAGCGGAGCCCUGCAGGCCCUGGGGGCCGUGGCGCGGCGAGGCUUCGCGGUGGCCUACCCCGUGGACUUCGGCAUAGGGCUGUCCUCGCAGCGCGCGGGGGAUGCUGCGCGGGUGCUGCUGAACUUUCGGCUCUUCGCGCGGCUGGAGGCCGGCGCUUUGGUGAAGGUGGCCGUUCCGCCGGGCUUGGCCAGCGAGCCCACGGUGGAGCCCCAGAGUCUGUUCCAGUGGUCGACUUCAGAGCUGAAUAGCACCUGGCAGUUUCAAGUGCUGCAGGACUUGUCCACCGGCGUGACUUACUCGAUUUCGGUGCCCAUCACGAAUCCGGUGCAGAGCCCUUCCAGCACAUGGCGCUUGCAACUCCUCUUGAGCACCUUGCACUCAGUGGGAACCAGCGCAGGCUUUCAGGUCCUCGGGGAGUUUGAGUCUUUCACUGUGCUGGCCAGGUCCUCCGUUCCCGAAGUUUCCACCCCAUCCCUGGUCCGAUUCCAGCUGCGCACCCCGCUGCCGGCAGAGAAUUGGCACUGGCGCCUAAUAGCGAGCACUCAGACUUUCGAUCCUGGCAAGUGCAUUCUGGAUGUCUUCACCACAUCUUACGCGCUCCCAGUGCAUUCCUUCACAAGGCUGAUUCCUGAUGACUGUUUGGUCAGUGCUGAUGGCUCUUCGGCACAAUUCAUUUUCAGCCAGUCAGUCACGCCCCAGCAGGAUUACGGAUUUUGGAUUUGGACCACAAACCCCAGCUCGGGCGCCUUUCGCAUUUUCACCGCCAGCACUCUUCUGAGCGGCUCCAGCGUGCACCAAGCCUCCUACCGCUCUUCGCUGUCCGGCUUGCAAGCCGUUGUCAUCCCUGGCUCCUACACCGCCGGGGCCCUGCACCGCGCGGUGCUGUCGGUGACUAGCGGAACGCGGCUGGAGGGCCAGCGGGGCUCCAUCGAGCUGCGGCUGCCCAGCGGCUUCGCGGGCUCCUGCGGCUUCUUCCGGGUCCAGGCGUCGCUGCCCAGCACGGCGAGGUGCAGGGCCUUGGGCGCCACUGCUUCGUUGCGGCCGCGCAUCCAGGUGUACUGGCGCUCUCUCUUUGGGGCGGAGCUGACUUUUCCCCUGGAGUUCGCCUUCGCCCUGCAGAACGCCUUCGCGUCCGAUGAAUCGAAUUCCACGUGGAGCGCCACCAUCUUCGAGGGGGAGAACCAGGACCUGGCCAUCGCCUCCGGCACUUGGCAAAGCUGGCGCCCCUGCGAAGCUUUGCCCCCUUUGCCCGGCGGCCUGCGCGUGGCGAGGGGCUUGGACCCAGCGGUGGUGUCCGUGGCAGUGAACCUGGAGCAAGUGACCGUGGCGCCGGGCUUCGACACCGCGCUGCGGGUGGAGCUGAAAACUUCUCAGGCCGCGCCGGCGGAGCUGUACUGUCCAGACAGCUCCAUUUGGCAGGCGCGGGACCUCUUCGGCCUCGGAUCCCUGGCGUUGCCCAGGUACACCAAGUGCGUGGAGGAGCCUCGAGUGGCGUCCGUGUCUCGGGGCGCGCAGCACAGCUCGGCGGUGCUCUUCCUGCUGCCGUACCAGCGCUUCGUGGGCUCGGUGCAUGGGCUGGAGGUGGUGAUGAGGAGGAGCCAGCAAGGCUUUGUGGCUUUGGAGCCCUCCGCCUCCGAAGCCGCCGCGGAGCUGGUGAACGUCUACCUGGAAGCGGCCAACCAGCGCCUCCGCUGCGGCUCCGCGUUGCUAGGCGCUGCCAGCAACUCCACGGAGUUGGCAGGAGCUGACACCGUCGCGGACACCACAGGCAGCACAGCAACAGGCUAAUUGCUGGCCGCGUGAUCUCUGAAAGCUGACUCGAAAGCAUCGGCUACACCAGACACGGGCACAGCGGCCGGCGACGGAUCAAGGAUCGACCUCUUAGAUGCACUGGAUGAUGAUGCGGCUUUCCUGAAGCUCCCAGCCAUCGAGGUGUUCGAGCUGCAACCGCCUCGAGUCGCCCGAGCAGGCCCCACGCCAAUAACUCGCGAACGGCGCUUGGCCUCAACGAGGUGCUCUCGGAGAAAGGUGCGCUAUGCCGAGCUCGCGCCGAAGGCUGCCAGAUUCUGCGCGCAAAGGAUUUGCCGUGG